UGGCUCCCUAGCGACCUCCGCAGGGCCGGGCUGCUUCAGGGCGCGGGGCGGCUGGGCGCUUCCCCAGUCUUAUCGACUCUAUUUGCAUAACGGAGACGGCUUGUCUCGCUUCCUCCCCGCCCCUCCGCUGCGCUCCUUUUUCCCUCGCUGCCUCCACCCGGCAUCCCGGAUCCCCGGCUGCUCCCGAGCAGGCCCCUUCUCCCGGGAGUCCUCUCUGGAGCGCCAGCGCCCCGCUGUCCCUCUGGCGCCCGCGCGGAGUCCACGGGCACCUGGAAGAGGGAGUUAUGGGCAGGGCCCGGCGCUAACAAAGGGAGCUGGCUGGCUGCCCGCGCGGGCGCGGAGCUGGGGCGCAGCAGCCGCAGGCUCAGCGGCGGCGGGGCGCGGCGACGGUAGAGCGGACUGUGUAGAUCUCUGCAGUGAGCAGCUCAGGGAGAAGAAGCCACGGGUAUCUUGGAGCCCAGCUGAAAUGAACUGGCUCCCCUGAGCCUGUCCCAAGCCCAGCUGCCAGGUUUCAUCCCAGCGCUGAGGGACAGGGACGGGCUCAGAGUGGUCUCUGCCUGUCCACCUUUCGUCUUUCACAGCCUCGCAGUUCUGCGACCUUUCAUUCACUGUCCGGCAUCGGGGCGGCAGCUGGACUGAACCAGGAAACCCAGCUGGGUCUUGGAAAGUGAGUUCUGACUGCUGAUGGUACUUGUAGCCUCCUGUGGCGAUGCACCUUGCAGUAGGUGGGUUGGAAGAUGGAGCUGAAUGUCAGAUGUUUUUUAAUCAUCCUGAGAAAAAUGAGCCUUGGCCUCCAGACACAUUAAAGCAACGUUUCCACCCAUGGAGAAUAGUGCUAGUCCCUGAGGACCUGGGCGGCCUGCAGCCCCAGGGGGAUUAGCCAGAAGCAGGUUUGUUUUCCUGCUUAAAACAGAGCUAUACACAGCUUUCAUUAUGAUUCACACCAGCCUGAGGAAAAAAUUCAGCUACUGUGUGCUGGCCUUUGUCCUGUUCGCAGCCAUCUGUGUGUGGAAGGAAAGGAAGAAAGGGAGUUACUAUGGUUCUCUUAAACUGCAAACCAACGAAUUCCAGGAGCCAAAGAACCUUGAGAAGUUGACCACAGGGUCUGGUUCCCAGCAUGUGUCAUCAAGAAGUACCCAGGUCCCCCACCAGCUCAGCCGGACACUCAGUCCCAGGGUCCCACACAAGACCAAACCUCAGCCCACCUUCCAGGUGUGGAACAAGGACAGCUCAUCCAAAAACCUCGUACCCAGGCUGCAAAAGAUCUGGAAGAAUUAUGUGCGCAUGAACAAGUAUAAAGUAUCCUACAAGGGACCAGGACCAGGCGUCAAGUUCAGUGUGGAUGCCCUGCUCUGCCACCUCCGGGACCAUGUGAAUGUGUCUAUGGUAGACACCACGGACUAUCCCUUCAAUACCUCUGAAUGGGAGGGUUACCUGCCCAGGGAGAACAUUAGGACCAAGGCUGGGCCGUGGCGUAGGUGUGCUGUUGUCUCCUCGGCGGGGUCUCUGAAAUCCUCACAACUGGGCCAAGAAAUAGAUGAUCACGAUGCAGUCCUGAGAUUCAAUGGGGCACCCACGGCCAACUUCCAACAAGACGUGGGCACGAAGACUACCAUCCGCCUGAUGAACUCGCAGCUGGUCACCACCGAAGGGCGCUUCCUCAGUGACAGUUUGUACAAUGAAGGAAUCCUGAUUGUGUGGGACCCAUCCAUGUACCAUGCAGAUAUCCCAAAGUGGUACCAGAAUCCGGACUACAGUUUCUUUAACAACUACAAGAGCUAUCGCAAGCUGCAUCCCAACCAGCCCUUUUACAUCCUCAGACCCCAGAUGCCUUGGGAGCUGUGGGAUAUUCUUCAGGAAAUCUCCCCAGAAGAGAUCCAGCCAAAUCCCCCAUCCUCUGGGAUGCUCGGCAUCAUCAUCAUGAUGACACUGUGUGACCAGGUGGAUAUUUAUGAGUUCCUUCCAUCCAAGCGCAGGACCGACGUGUGCUACUACCACCAGAAGUUCUUCGAUAUGGCCUGCACUAUGGGUGCCUACCACCCACUCCUUUUUGAAAAGAAUAUGGUAAAAUACCUCAACGAGGGCACAGAUGAGGACAUUUACCUGCUUGGGAAAGCCACAUUGUCUGGCUUCCGGAACCUUCGCUGCUGAGCACCAGUCCCUCAUUCUUCUCCAUCAGUUAUUCAUGGUUGGUCCUUGGCCAUGCAGCCUGAUAGGACUGUUUUCAGGAGCAGUCUCAGCCAGCUGAUUGCACGCUCGGGGUUCUGGUCAGCAGGAGGUCUGGGGCUUCCAUGGCUGGAGGCCGAGGAACGAGGCCCAACCUUCCCCACAGCCAUGGAACCUGUGAGUCCAGCCUCCUGCUGCACCUACAGCUACAUGCACCUCGCGUGCUUUCCACUGCAUCCUCCCCUCUCUCCGUGUAGGUAUAUGCAGGCUCUACCUUUCCCAUCUGGGCUGCCAAAGCUGGGGAUGCUUCUUGCCCAAACCAGCAUUUCAGGUUGCUUGAGAUCUCUACCUAGGUACUGAUAUUUUAAAGAAACUCCAAAAUCAUGGCAGUGCCAGGUGCAGACUGGUACUGGGGAGUGGGUGGGUGGGGAUGAGAAGUAGCAUGGGGUGUUGGAAGCAACUCAGUUCUCCAAACCAAAGUUGCUCCCAUGGCUCUGCUCCCAGGACAUGAUGCUGUCAUCACUCUGGCUGGCUGGGUGUUUAUGAGCAAUGAAUUUGUCAGCCCCUUUUCCCACUCCAUGCAGAGAAGGAAGUCUUGGUCCUCAAGUCCCCACUGUAGUGGGGCAGAGACACCCAAGGGCACUAGUGUGCUGGCAUUCACUGUGAUGGGAGCACUGGGGCUUGUGGAGAGACAGGACUUCUGUCCAUGUGCCCAGGAGGCACAUGCUGUGUCCUGCAUCCAUGGAUCCUAGAAGGCUUCAUAGAACUCUGGGAGGUUGGAAUGGGCCUUAGGAGAAGACAAGAAAACUUAUCAAAGGCUCAAGUUUUUUUUUUUUUUUUUUUUUUUGAGGAAGCCUGCUACCUAUUUUGGCAGUCAGUGCAGUCCCACGGAAGGCACCAGACAAACCAGAGCCCCUGAACCCUGAUUUCUGUAGGAUUGCCUAGCUUGACCCUCUUUAUCUAGUGAGGUUUAUAGACUCUAUUCCAACUCUUUCUCUUUAAUGCCUACACCCAAAAUCUCUUCCUAACUACUAGCAUUUUUAGCUCUUUAAUCUUCCCUUCUAAAUGAUUUUCAAUCAUAUAUUACUUUCAAAGUAUCUUGACCUCACUUUCUUUGACCCCAUGAAUCUUUUGCAAAAAGGUCCUUAGGGAGUGGAGAGGGUGCUUUUUUCGGAUUUAUAUCACUCUCAGAGGUCGGAAUCUUGGAGAGCACAACUGACCUCAUUGCUGUGGCACCUUGGGAAAGUCCUCAUCCCUGUUUCCACAUCUAAAAAAUUAAGGUGAUGAUCCUGUCUUCAGGGAGGUUAUGAGGACUGCAGAAAAGUAAUUGUAUUAGUGGUGCUGAGCACAUACUGGCUCCAUUCCCUCCCUUCUUUCUUCCUUCAUCAAGGGCUUCUCUGUGCUCACACCUAGGCUGGACCUUGCUGUGAUCAAGAAUGGGCUAGGGGAGAGGAGCAGAGGUCCUGUCUUCAGGGAAUUAGCUGCUCUAUGGGGAGACAGCAGCUGCUCCUCUUUGGACAUUUGGGAAAAUCCACAUCCGUGGAUGGUACGGAGCCUCUCCCUCCUCACUGCCUGUAGGUCAGAUCAGUUCCGCUUGGAAACGAGUGCAGGAUUUGGGAUGCCAGACUGCUGUAAAGGAGAUGCCCUAUCCCUCUGUGGGCCCCCGAAUUCCUGGCUUAUUUUUCAUUGUGAUUUGACAUGCUCCUUGUAACUCUGUGUCAAAAUCACAGAGUGCCAAGAAAGGUGACGUUCUACCAGCAGGAGACCCAUGUCCUGUGUGGAGACAGACUACACUGGGUAGAAUCUAGUUUUUAACUGUUAUUAUUAAUAUGAGAUUAAAUUAAUUUAUGAUUCUGAAGUCUGCCGAACUUUGAAUUCUGUGCUCUGUAAAUGUGGAGCCUUGAUGAAAUGCAGAUAAUUUCUGGGUAUAAUUGUAAGUCUGAUGUUUAAUGUCUUUGACAGAUAAUUUUAAGACUAUGUCUGUAUGCUGCAGAAAAGCCUGUCUGUGUGGGGUCCUGGCUUCAGUAGCCAUCUCUUCCUCCUGUAUCAUGAGAUCCUCUCCAAUCCUUCCACCAAUCAAAUAAACUAUUGCUUUUGGUUUGGAGUUGAGACUUUAGUCUCUUCAGAAACUUCUGAAAUAUGCCUAAGCUAAUCCUGAAUUACCCAAAGAUUAUGUACAUUUUUAAAAUAAAAGUGAUUUUUAAAA